CCUACUUUUUUACUAUUUUAUUUUUACCCUCUUUAAGAAUCUGUUCCAAGCGGAGAAAAUCAGAGUGUGACAGGAGGUGACGAAGAAGCAGUAGAUGAAUACCAAGAGUUAAAUGCAAGAGAAGAGCAGGAUAUUGAAAUAAUGAUGGAAGGCUGUGAAUAUGCAAUAUCUAAUGCUGAGGCCUUUGCAGAAAGGUUGUCCAGAGAGUUGCAGGUUCUGGAUGGGGCCAACAUCCAGUCAAUCAUGGCCUCUGAAAAGCAGGUGAACAUCCUGAUGAAAUUACUGGAUGAGGCUUUAAAGGAGGUGGAUCAGAUUGAAUCAAAACUGAGCAGUUAUGAGGAAAUGCUCCAAAGUGUAAAAGAACAAAUGGAUCAGAUCUCAGAAAGCAACCACCUCAUUCAUCUUAGUAACACUAAUAAUGUAAAACUCCUGUCCGAGAUAGAGUUCCUUGUGAACCACAUGGACUUGGCCAAAGGUCAUAUAAAGGCCCUUCAGGAAGGAGAUCUUGCUUCUUCCAGAGGCAUUGAGGCCUGUACCAAUGCUGCCGAUGCCCUUCUGCAGUGCAUGAAUGUGGCUCUUCGACCAGGCCACGACAUGCUCCUGGCAGUCAAACAACAGCAGCAGCGUUUCAGUGAUUUGCGAGAGCAUUUUGCCCGGAGACUGGCCAGUCACCUCAACAAUGUUUUUGUUCAACAGUUUACUCAGGCCCUCCUUCAGCUCUAUAACAGGUCCUACUUUCUUUCGGUGCCUGGUCAUGAUCAGAGCUCCACUCUUGCUCAACACUCUGUUGAACUGACUUUACCUAAUCAUCAUCCAUUUCAUAGAGACUUGCUCCGAUAUGCCAAGCUUAUGGAGUGGCUAAAGAAUACAGAUUAUGGGAAAUACGAGGGACUAACAAAGAAUUACAUGGAUUAUUUAUCACGACUGUAUGAGAGAGAAAUUAAAGAUUUCUUUGAAGUUGCAAAGAUCAAGAUGACUGGCACAACUAAAGAGAGCAAGAAGUUUGCUACACUUCCUCGAAAAGAAAGUGCUGUCAAACAGGAAACAGAGAGUCUUCAUGGAAGUUCUGGGAAAUUAACUGGAUCUACUUCUAGUCUAAAUAAACUCAGUGUUCAGAGUUCAGGAAAUCGCAGAUCUCAGUCGUCUUCCUUGCUGGAUAUGGGAAACAUGUCUGCCUCUGAUCUCGAUGUUGCCGACAGAACCAAAUUUGAUAAGAUCUUUGAACAGGUACUAAGUGAACUGGAGCCCCUGUGUCUAGCAGAACAGGACUUCAUAAGUAAAUUUUUCAAACUACAGCAACAUCAGAGUAUGCCUGGAACUAUGACUGAAGCAGAUGACCUUGAUGGAGGAGGAUUAUCACGGCCACAUAAUUCAGGCACACCACUGCCUGUUUCAUCUGAGAAAGAUAUGAUCCGCCAAAUGAUGACUAAAAUAUUUCGCUGCAUUGAGCCAGAAUUGAACAACCUAAUUGCAUUAGGAGAUAAAAUUGAUAGCUUCAAUUCCCUUUACAUGCUGGUCAAAAUGAGUCAUCAUGUGUGGACUGCACAAAAUGUGGACCCUGCUUCUUUUCUGAGCACUACAUUGGGAAAUGUUUUGGUGACUAUCAAAAGGAACUUUGACAAAUGCAUUAGUAAUCAAAUAAGGCAAAUGGAAGAAGUAAAGAUCUCAAAGAAGAGUAAAGUAGGAAUUCUUCCAUUUGUUGCUGAAUUUGAAGAAUUUGCUGGACUUGCAGAAUCAAUCUUUAAAAAUGCUGAGCGUCGUGGAGAUCUAGAUAAAGCAUAUACUAAACUUAUCAGAGGAGUAUUUGUUAAUGUGGAAAAAGUAGCAAAUGAAAGCCAGAAGACCCCUAGAGAUGUAGUGAUGAUGGAAAACUUUCACCAUAUUUUUGCAACACUUUCUCGUUUGAAAAUCUCAUGUCUAGAGGCUGAAAAGAAAGAAGCCAAACAAAAAUACACAGAUCACCUUCAGUCUUAUGUGAUUUACUCUUUAGGACAACCUCUUGAAAAACUAAAUCAUUUCUUUGAAGGUGUUGAAGCUCGUGUAGCACAGGGAAUAAGAGAGGAGGAAGUAAGCUAUCAGCUUGCAUUUAACAAACAAGAACUUCGUAAAGUUAUUAAAGAGUAUCCUGGAAAGGAAGUGAAGAAAGGUCUAGAUAACCUCUACAAGAAGGUUGAUAAACAUUUGUGCGAAGAGGAGAACUUACUUCAGGUGGUGUGGCACUCUAUGCAAGAUGAAUUUAUACGCCAAUACAAGCACUUUGAAGGUUUGAUAGCUCGUUGUUAUCCUGGAUCUGGUGUUACAAUGGAAUUCACUAUUCAGGACAUUCUGGAUUAUUGCUCCAGCAUUGCACAGUCCCACUAAACCUUAUGAAAGAAAAAAGCACUCCAAGUCUACCAGACACUAUUCAAAAAUAUCAGCAACUAUUUUGAGAACCCAAACUUGAAAUUUUAUGUAGUAUUAAAUGUCAGAUAA